CGUCAACCCUAGAUACAUAGGUGUAGGUGUUCGAACAAGGAAGAACAAAAUGAUUUUUAUCAAAUCACUGCCGUGUUAUUCUUCAUACAAAUUGUUAGAAUUUUGAGAAUACCAUGACUGCUAAAACUAAUCACGUGAUAUCUGCCGCCAUUGACUUUGGAACAACAUUUUCCGGAUAUGCAUUCUCAUCACGUGACGACUUUUAUACGUCACCUGGCAAAGUAUCCUCCAUGACAUGGACAGCCGGAUCCGGAUGUCUACAGUCUCUGAAAACUUCAACUUGUGUGUUGUUCAGUCCGGACAAAAAAUUCUCUACUUUCGGAUUCCAAGCUGAAGACAAAUAUUCUGAGUUGGCGUUAGAGGAGAAAGAAAAAGGGUGGUACUUCUUCCGUAGAUUCAAGAUGGAGCUCUACAAGGUCAAAGAGGUGACUGCGGACAUGCCCCUAAAGUCAGUAGACGAGAAAACCUUACCCGCUAUGGAUGUCUUCUCGGCAGCCAUUCGGUACAUGAAGGACCAUCUCGUGAAGGCGUGUUGUACUCAGGGAUUUUAUCUUGAGUCACGUGAUAUACAGUGGGUCCUCACUGUUCCCGCCAUAUGGGACGACUCCGCUAAGUUGUUUAUGAGGAAGGCAGCAGUGAAGGCCGGCAUUUUGACCGACACAUUACUUUUGGCCCUCGAACCUGAAGCAGCUGCCAUGUAUUGUAAAACCAUUCAUGUCAAGAUGUCAGACGAGAGGGGUGGCAGAACAUCUUUUGAACCUUUUAAGAUAGGAACUAAAUACUUGGUUGUAGAUGCUGGAGGUGGUACGGUCGAUAUAACAGUUCACCAGGUUCAGGACGGCGGGACACUGAGAGAAGUUUGUACAGCAAGCGGAGGAGAUUGGGGUGGAACAAAGGUGGACGAACAGUUCGAAAAUUUACUGAAAAAUGUAUUCGGUCAAGAUGUCUUUGAAACCUUCCGCCGUGAACAUGUUGAAGACUUUCUGGAGAUCCUUAGAAAUUUUGAGAUGAAGAAAAGGACCUUGUCGGAUAGACAGGACGAUAACAUUACUCUUUCGGUACCAGUCUCCUUGCUGGAUAUCUACGAAAAGCUGAAACCGUCAACAUCUGUCGAGUUUAUUGCUGCAAACUCUGGACAUAUCUUCCGGAAAAGGAACAAACUUCGCAUAUCACCUCAAUACGUGAGUUCACUCUUCAAAACGUCUACUGAUGGCGUUGUAAACCACCUGAAGAGGAUGAUGAAAAACCCACUUGUUGCCGAUAUAUCCUCCAUUAUCAUGGUCGGUGGAUAUUCCGAAUGCUCGUUACUGCAGAACAAGAUAAAAGAUACGUUUCCCAACUUACGCGUGAUAGUCCCACCAGAGGCUGGUCUGGCAGUGCUGAAGGGGGCUGUGAUAACCGGUCACACACCUUCCGCUAUCACUCACAGGGUCUGUCGAUAUACCUAUGGAUUUGAUGGAGCUGUUCCAUUUGUAGAGGGCGUCCAUGAUCCGAAAAGAAAACACGUCUUUGGCAAAGGAGUUGUACUAUGCAAUGGUUUAUUUCAGAGGCAGGUUAGUGUUGGUGAUGUCAUAAGUGAAGGAUACAAGGGUAAACGUCUGUGUUAUCAGGUCAAGGAAAAAACGAGUACAAAAAUCUAUAUCAGCGUUUAUGCAUCUCCACAAACCAAUCCAAUGUACGUUCAACAUGAUGGUUGCAAAAGGAUUGGAUCUCUUUACGUCGACAUGUCCGACACCACGAAGGGGCUGGAUAGGGGAGCUUAUGUUCAGAUGAUAUUUGGUGGUUCUGAAAUCAAAGUGGAGGCAACAGACAUACACACAGGUGGAAAACAUUCGGCUACUUUUGAUUUUAUAUAACCUAGUGACGAUAGCGUUACUUUUAAGUUUUAUUGAACAGCACCGUGCAUUGAUAAACAAAAUCUGCAAAUAUUCUUGAAACCAACAUUUUAUCAGAGUUAUAUGACAGGAAAUUGCAAAUGAAACAUUUUCACUUGAUGAUAACGCGAGAUUAUGACGAUUGAAACAACAGGGACCUUUACAUUGGACUUUUUAAUUCACACGAGACAGUGACCUAUCCUAACCGCCCUUUGUCCGUCGUCGUCCGUUGUGCGUUCGUAAACAAUUCCAUUUCAACUUCUUCCCCAAAACCGCUCAACCAAAUUCAAUGAAAUUAGACAGGAAGCUUCCAUGGCCCAAGGCCAGCUACAACUGUGAAUUAUAUGGGGUCUGAGGGGCGGGGCCAAAAAGUGUUGAAUUAUCUCAAAAAAAUCUUAACUCCCAGAUAUGAUAGAAUCCUUCGAGUCACAUAUAUCCCCCUGGGGAGGGGGUAAAGUAUACUAUAAUUUAUAUAGGAAAAUCACAUUUUUUGAGCAUUAUUUGUUCCAAAAUGCCAUUGGAAAUUAUACUAAAUUGGUUGUAAUUAUUAGUAUGGUAGCACACCACAGUAAGACAGCCUGGC